AUGUGAGGCUCAGAAAUCUCUCCACACUCCCUCCAAUCUUCUCUCUCUCACUCACACACACACACAGAGCAGCCAUGCGUCUUCUUCAAGCUCCAGCUUCUGUGCAUGUUACUUCACAAUGUUCGAAGCUGCAAUCCAUAGGUGGGAACUUUCUGGAGAGACGUAUUCUACAGUCCUUCGUUAAUGAUUCUCUUCUCUCCCGAAGAAUUGUACGACGAAGAUUUUGUUUAACAUGCCGGAGUGUCAACUCUGUUUCUGCUACAGCUGCUUCUCUUGAAGCUGACGCCUCAACAAUAUUAGCUAGGGAAGCUGAAAAUGAUGUGUUAAAAGCCUUGUCUCAGAUUAUUGAUCCAGACUUUGGGACCGACAUUGUCUCAUGUGGGUUUGUGAAGGAUUUACUUGUUGAUGACGCUUCAGGAGAGGUGUCAUUUCGGUUGGAGCUCACCACACCAGCAUGUCCAAUCAAGGACAUGUUUGAGCAGCAGGCUAAUGAGGUGGUGGCAGCUCUUCCCUGGGUUCAGAAUGUCAAGGUGACAAUGUCAGCACAACCUGCAAAGCAGAUUUUUGCUGCACAACUUCCUGCUGGGUUACAGACAAUAUCAAACAUAAUAGCAGUUUCAAGUUGCAAGGGAGGUGUGGGAAAAUCAACUGUGGCUGUAAAUCUGGCUUAUACUUUGGCUGGGAUGGGUGCUAGAGUUGGUAUCUUUGAUGCUGACGUUUAUGGUCCCAGUUUGCCAACUAUGGUCUCCCCUGAAAAUCGGCUGCUUGAAAUGAACCCGGAAAAGAAGACCAUUAUUCCAACAGAGUACAUGGGAGUCAAGAUGGUAUCCUUUGGAUUUGCUGGACAAGGGCGUGCGAUAAUGCGAGGUCCAAUGGUUUCUGGGGUCAUCAACCAACUACUAACUACUACGGAGUGGGGAGAGCUUGACUAUCUUGUUAUUGACAUGCCACCUGGAACUGGUGAUAUUCAACUUACCUUAUGCCAGGUGGUCCCUCUAACUGCUGCUGUGAUAGUUACUACUCCUCAGAAGCUUGCCUUCAUUGAUGUAGCAAAAGGAGUCCGCAUGUUUUCGAAGCUGAAGGUACCAUGUGUUGCCGUUGUUGAGAACAUGUGCCACUUUGAUGCGGAUGGAAAACGGUUUUACCCAUUUGGUAAAGGAUCAGGCUCACAGGUUGUAGAGCAGUUUGGAAUCCCUCAUCUGUUUGACCUUCCAAUCAGACCAACUCUAUCUGCUUCUGGGGAUAGUGGAACACCCGAAGUGGUGACUGAUCCUCAAGGUGAGGUGGCUGAGAUAUUCCAAAACCUAGGAGUUUGCGUGGUACAACAGUGUGCAAAGAUCCGCCAACAAGUGUYGACCGCUGUGAUGUAUGACAAGUCUAUUAAGGCAAUCAAGGUGAAAGUGCCCGAUUCAAAUGAAGAGUUUCUUCUACAUCCCGCCACCGUCCGACGAAAUGAUCGUUCUGCCCAAAGUGUGGAUGAAUGGACAGGUGAGCAAAAAUUGCAGUAUGGUGAUGUCCCAGAAGAGAUAGAACCUGAAGAAAUUCGACCCAUGGGAAACUAUGCAGUUUCAAUUACAUGGCCAGAUGGAUUUAGCCAGAUUGCUCCAUACGAUCAGCUACAAACAAUGGAACGGUUAGUUGAUGUGCCUCAGACGAUACCUUCAUAGAUGAGGUCAAAAAUUCACGUAGAUAUUAUUACAGACUUGGAGGAUUCUUUGAAUCACACAACGAUGUUAAAGCAAAGGCCAUACAUAGAAGCGAAUGCUGCAAGAAGGGGUUCCUUUUGUCCUUGAAUGUGAACGCCAAUACGGUUUACAUCAUGUCUCAUGUAUACGUCAAUGUGCGUAAAAAUGCCUUAUAUAUUGAAUCGAAAUGUAUUCAAUCCCCUUGGUAUAGCAUGGUGGAUUUAUUUUUCAAUAGGUUUAAUAGUACAUUCCAAGACCAUACUUG